AUGGAGCCUUCCAUCCAGCCCAUUCAACCCCCCAAAAGCCCUUUUCAGAGGGAUAACAGGCGAGAUCAGAGACAGAAGUGGGAGAGCAGACACACAAGAGAAGACCUAUCCCGAGAUGACAUGUUGUUUCUGCUCAGUAUUCUGGAGGGAGAGCUACAGGCUAGAGAUGAGGUGAUUACGGUGUUAAAAUCGGAGAAGACAGAUUCAGGUCUACUGGGAGCCCACUAUGGUUUUAGCGGACUGGAGAAGGUGCUCCAUGCCCUGCAGAGGGACUCCCUACAGGCCCAGCAGGACCACCUGCAGGAUGUGUUCGGAAAACCGAUUUCUGAGCUGAAUUAUGUGAUGGAGGCACAGAAGCAGUCAUCUACACGGAUACUGGAGCAGCUUCUGGAUGUGUCCCGCUCUCACAGUGAUGCUUUGCGCAGGCUAGAGGAGCAAGAGAGGAGCCACAGGGCUUAUAUCCACAAGAGUAGCUGCCUUACCACUCUACUGGAGGAGGACAGAGAGAGACUCAAGCUCCUGAUUGUAAAGCAGAGACAAUACCAGGAGAUAAAGGAGAGGAAAAGUGAAAGAGAAGUAUCAACUCUGAAAGAAGAGCUGAUUGAGCUGAAGGCUUUUGCACUGCUGGUUGUGAAGGAACAACAACGUUUGAGCGAGCUGCUGGAGGAACAGAGGCAUCGUGUCACAAAACUGACUACCAUCACUAACUACGUCACGCUGGAGGUCAGUGCUGCUUACCCCAGUGCAAAAGAGGACAAGCGGCUGAAAUCACUGCGUCUAGAGGUGGAGCGACACAACCAAGUUAACAUCUUUCACCAAACCUGGCACACCAUGACAGCUGAACUAGCUGAUGACGGGAUUCAGAAUCAACAGCUCAGACAGCAGCUGGUGUUACUCGGCCAUCGGAUUGAUGAUCUGGAGGGGACUAGGGGUGUCUUGAGGAGGGCAGACAAAGAACUUCGAGAGCUCAAUGAGCGAGAAACAGGGACCCCGAGCUUGCUGUCAGAGGUGGAGGUACUGAGGAGGAGGGUGGUGGUAAUGGAGGGGAAGGAUGAGGAGCUGAUACGCAUCAGAGACCAAUGUCGAGACCUGGACCGCAGACUAGUGAGGGAGACCAAAUACUGUUGUGGCCUGAAGGUUGAAGUCGAUAAGCUCAAUGGUAGAAUCAACGAAUUGGACAGGAUAGAGGAGGCUUUAGGCAAGAGCAAACAGGACUGUAGUAUUCUGAGAGGCAGCUUGGAAAAAGAGAGGGAUGUUAGCAAGAUGUUGUCCGGUGAGGUGGACACUCUGAAGGUCAGGGUGAGAGAGCUAGAGGCUGUUGAAAGCCAACUGGAGAAGAGUGAAGCAGUGAUAAGACAAGACCUGGCCAAGCUCAGGUCACUGACUGUAGCGUUGGUGGACGACAGAAAGACGAUGGCAGAGAGGCUCCGGCAAGCUGAGCAAAAACUCAGCAGGAGGGAGGGAAAUACAUAUGAGCAAAGCAAUUUGGCAACAAUGACAGAAAGACUGAGAGACGAGAAGCAGCAGGUGCUGAGGUCUAAGGCAGAGCUAGAGGAAAUGAUUAAGGGCAUAGCGAAAGACAAGGACGAACUCCAAGCCAGGCUAAUGACAGAGGAAAAGAGGAAUGGGGAACUACAGUGUAAAAUAACCAUAAUGAAGAAACGGUUACAGGUCUUGGAAAACAAAAAAGAAAAAGAGGAGAAGUACAUGCACAGCUCUAUCCCGAACAUCACUAACCAUCACUGCCAAACAGACAACAAAGUCAAAGAACUGACCCAGGAACUAGAUCGGCUGCAAAAAAGACUCCAGGACAAGGAGGUGUUGGAGAGAGAACUGGUGAAGGUGGAGGAAGACUUCAAGUCCCUGGAGAGGAAGUUCACGGAUGAACAGAGGAGGUCCAAGGCUCUAAUGGAGGAGCUAGAGCUGGCUAAAAGGGAGCUUUCUGGGUAUCAGCAGGCAGAGAAGCAGGAGGUCAACCAGGAACACCUUCUCCUUUGUCGUCUUCAGAGGGAGCAGGUGAAGUCCAGACUGUUAGGCAGAGAGGUAGAUACCCUGAAGGAGAAACUCCAGAAGCUGAUGGGAACUGAGGAGUCCAUCUGCAGGGUCCAGACAGAUCACUCCACGCUGCAGAGCAAGUUGACCCAACAAGAAGCCAGGAACAAAGAGCUGGCCAGAGAGAUGAAGGAACUGAGUAUUGAGCUUGACAGGUACAGACAAACCAAAAAUUCGACACCCAGUGCAAACAGUAAGCACUUUUCAGACCUUUAUCAGACCACCAAAGAGGUGCAAACUGAGCCAGCAGACAGUCUGCCUCCUGAAUACAGCUGCCAAGUUCCUUCAGUGAAUGAGAAAUCAGAUGAAGAAAAUGAUGACCAGGAUCCCAACCAUAAUGCAGAAGUCCUCAACAGUAGUGGUUCAACUCUUGUCAACAACUUUAACAGCAUAAACAGUGCAAAUAACAACACCAGUCAAUACAGCAGCCAUUCAGCCAACAGCAUAAAUAUGCACCAAACGGUUAAUGGAGAGGUGAUGAUGUUAACACACACACCGGGGCAGCCUCUGCACAUCAAGGUGACACCACACCACACUCUCAACACGGCCACACUCGAGAUUAGCAGCCCCACUGCAGACACGGCCACAUCUUACACCAGCACAGCCGUCAUCCCAACGAGCGGAGCCUCACCUAAACAGAGAAUUACAAUAAUCCAGAAUUCGGCUCUGCCUGCUGCUAAAACCCCACCUUCAAGUCCUGAUCGCACUGUCUCCCCACUUAACGGCACGCCCGUCAGUCGGGUGUUAAGUCCAAAUUCAUCACGCUCUGUGACACCUGACAACAACAACUCCCCCAUUCAGAUCGUAACAGUCAGGACUUGUUCUCCAGAGCCAACGGAAGUCGUGAGCCAGGCUGUCUUCUGCAAGACGCCAGAGCGGGGAAACAGCUGGCAACGUCAGAAAUCCAACAGCACAGACACAAGCCCCAGUAUCAUCACUGCAGAGGACAAUAAGAUCCAUAUUCACCUGGGGAGCCCAUAUGUCCAGUCUCUGAAUGGUAUGACCCACAGCAUCCCACAGUCUGUCGGCCCGUACUACCUCCGACAUGAGCAAAGGACUCAAGUCCUUGCUAAUGGCUGCCAUGUCAAAGGUGUUGGCAAGAUUACCAGUAGCAUCACUAUAUCUCCUGCAACCUCUCCAGCAUCACACUCCUCAAAUAUAACAGUAAGUGGCCUUUGUGAUUAGGUAAAAAUAUACUCUGGACAUAUUAUGUUUGAUGUCACAUUCCUGGACUAGACAACUAAAACGAUACACUUCUUCUGAAGAUAACCCUGAGUUUGUUCUAUUAAGUAACAACCAUCAAAUAACAGAUGUGUAAAGUUUGUCCUUAAAGAGCCUCUGUACAGCCUGAUCUGGUUAGUGUAUCCACAGACUGAAUUUAAAAGCCUCUUAUCAAUUGUAUAUAUGUGUGUGUAGUGCUUGUAUAAAUACCAAGGGAGACCAUCCCAACUUUAUAUGUGAUGUAUACA